AUGAAUGAAGAAGACAAUGCCUGUGUGGAUAAACAUUUGUAUGAAGAUUUUGAAGAACAUACGAAAAUUUAUAAACGAGAUGGUGGGAAAAGUUCGACAGCAGAGGAACUGUUUGAUUCUGUUCCUUGUGAAUUAUUAAUCAUCGGACAAGGAAUGGAUGAUUAUGCGGAACAAUAUCUAUUGAGUAUUCGAUCUGGAAGAAUUUAUUUGGCUAUUCACAACAUUCCAGAAUGGAAAUUGAUCGGAUCGUUUGAAGAUUGGAUCAAUCAAGGUUUAUCCUAUGCUGAAGAUCAAAAAGCUGAACUUGAAGAACAACAUGAAGAAGCAGAAGUUGCAUAA